AUGAGGAAAUUAAGUUUAAAGAACGAGCGAAACGCUUGGUCCCUACGACCAGCUCCUAGGAGCUCAGGAGGAUGUGAGGUACAUUUAGACAAGUAUUGUUUGGGGAACUAUGGAACACGAGUGGACGUUCUCUCAGGCUUUAUGGGCAGAUGGAGUAAUUUGCUCAGUCGCGACGGGGGGGACGGAUCCUGGACGCAGCUGAAAAAUACUUCGUCGCCACUGCUGCAAGCAAUGUUACAGCAAAAGAUCGAGCAAUAUGAAUGGGAAGGAAUAAUACAAUGUGUAAUGUCAAACGCGUUGUCCUUAAGACGAAUCAGUAUCCAAGACAGUGGGAGCAACCGAGAAAUAUGGAACUCGAGUUCGUGGCAUCAAGCCUUAAGGGGAGGAACAGGAAAGGACUGGGGGAAGAGUAAAACCGGACAAGCAAUGUUAGGGGCGUUAUCAUGUGUAAUAAUGGCUCUUCUCGGGUGGCCUAACACCAAGGGCGAUCCCCCCGAGGCAGGUAGGAGGGUCUGUCAAGAUAUCUGGGACGAACUGCAGCUAUCAUUGAACCCACCAACUCAGCGCCUUAAUCCCAAGAACAUGAAGACUGUAGGAGAGUUUCUGGGCUCCCUGGGAACCACCGAAUCUAUACAAAAAGACAAUUACAACAGAUUGGGUAUUAUUUUGAGUAUAUAUUAUGGCCUAAGAACAUGCUGUCAUUUCAAUGGUCAUUAUACAUUAACGGGCAUUAUAGACAACGCGUCCUGGAACCUGAGUCACCUUGGACAAUGUCUUCUGAAGGACGAGCGAUUAAAUUGUGAAGGUGGUAGCGGCGAAAACGAAGGAGGGUAUCUAAGUAUUUGGACAAGGGACAUGAGGAGAAUAAGUAAAAGUAAAAAGCAGAAGGAAACAGGAAAAUUGACUCUGAGGGAUCCCGACACAGAGAAAGAGCUCAAGACCGUAACCACCAAAGGGGAGUAUAAGACAAGUUACGAGGCCCCACUUCGACAAUGGGCCGCCGAAGCCCUGACUAGCCACCCAGGACAGCUCAGCUCCCCAAGGGGAAUAGAAGUAGCGACCCAGGCCAAACGAGCAACCAAGUCCCCUCAGAAGGAGACCCCCAGAGCCUCAGGAGCCCAGUGGGCUGACACCUCUAGGAACAGGAUGGCGAACUCUGCGCCCCAACCCAGGGCGCCAUCUGAUUCAGGGGACACCAUAAAUUCACAAGAAACAAAUGAUGCGGGACUACCAGAGGGCCCCGUCCCCCAAGAAGAGUACGGUAACUCCCUGGCUAGCCAUGGAGUUACUGACCACGAAGACGUACAAUCAGGAAGCUCAGACAAACCCACAACUCAAGGAGAAGAGGAUUCCGCCCAGACAAACCAAGUGAACAGAGAUCCAUCUGGUGUUGCCCCAGAAGUCAUAGGAGCAGUAGGUAUCGGAUCAAUUCUGGGGGGAGUCCUAGGAGGAAUCUUGGCCAUGGGCAGUCUAUACGGGAUAUACAGGGUUUAUUCUAGGCCGAGGAGAAGUAUCAGGGGCAGCAGAACUUCAUUCAAGGGGGGAGAAGCUAACAUUGCGUACCAAGGGGCAAUAGGAGCCUGA